GGCUGGAGACGGUGCCCUGCGUAGGCCUGCAUGGACAUCCCCAUCAGCAGCAGAGACUUCCGCUGCCUGCAGCUGGCCUGUGUGGCCCUCGGCCUGGUGGCCGGCAGCAUCAUCAUCGGCGUCUCCGUGUCCAAAGCUGCAGCGGCUGUGGGUGGUAUCUUUAUUGGCGCCUCUGGUCUGGGGAUCCUCAUCUUGGCCUAUCCCUUCCUGAAGGCUCGGUUCAACCUGGAUCACAUCCUGCCUACGAUAGGGAGCCUGAGAAUCCACCCCCACCCAGCGCCUGAACACGGGGAGGGAAGAUCCAGCGCCAAUGACAAUAAAGAGGGAGCCCGCAGCAGCCUGUCGACCGUGAGCAGGACCCUGGAGAAGCUGAAGCCAGGGGCCCGGGCGGCUGGGGAGGGCUGAGGCAGGGCCUGAGGGGCUACCCUGGCCCUGACCUCCCUUCCUGCCCGCUACCCUGAUAGCAGAACCCUCCUGGGUCCAAACCAGAGGUGACCCAGGCCCUGGAGACACCAGACCUGCAUUCCUGGGCCAAGGCUAUUGGAAGUGGAUUCCAAGCAGCAGAGUAGGGGGUCCUGAAGCAAGGAGUCAUGGGAGCCGCCCCCCCCCACCAACUGGGGGGGCCCUUGUUUCAGGCUCUUGACCUGGACCUUCUCUCUGGAAUGCAGCUCACCUUCCUUCCCUUUUUGAUCUACUGACUGAUUUCUCUGGAGUUUGGGGCCCAAGGAUACCCCAGUGCCUUACUCCAGCCUAGCCACACAAGUCAACCACAGGCCCACAGAAACUACAGAUGGGGUCCUUGCUGAGCCCAUCAGCCCCUAAGGCCUGGCCCUGGGUGUCUAGAGCUCACCGGCUGGACAGAGGGGCUGGACCAGAACUUUUUCAGAAUGUUGAAAACUCCAGGCAACUCCUCAGAGACAGGCCCUGAGAAGCAGUGAACCAGACGGAGGCGUAUCCUAGACAAACAAAACGGUCGCUGCCAUGACAGAAGCCUGUGAGGCACGGGCCUGGAGGCUUCCAGGAGGAGGUGGCUCCUGAGCUGAGACUCUUGGUGCUUGACUCCACCAUUCAAGGCUUUUCGUGAUCUGGCUCCAGACAAGACCUCCAGCCCCCCCCUUCUCCCUCACCCUCUCAGUGCUCCUGAGCAAUCUAAACACAUUCCAGCCUCCAAGCUUUGCCUUGUGUACCCCUGGGGGCCCCUCCCCAGCCUCCUCCUCUCUGCCUAUCAAAACCCCCACCUUUAUUUAAAGGGCCAGUUCCAAGAAUCCCCUCAACCAUAAUGCCCUCCUCGGCCUCUCCCAUCAACCUGUGUCUGCCUCUCCCGACGCCCUCCUGGAAGGUUGCAGUCUUCUUUGUCACAAAACAAUUAUUAAUCCUAUUAAACCUACUGUAUGUUACUUUCCCAGUCACUGUCAGGGCACAGUAGGCGCUCAAUAAAUCUUAAUGUUUUAAAUUUAA